AUGCACAUAUAUUUAAGAAACCUUUAUAAUCCAACUGAUGGUUGUGCUAAAGUUCCAUCAAUUAGGAAAAAAUUUGAGAACUUAUUGUAAUUAUUAACAUCCAAUAGUAUUAAAUAUACUUACAUUUAAGGAGGCUUUUGUACUCCAAGAGGAUCAGCUCGUAAAGAUUAUGGUGCAACAGACGCCACAAGCAAGGCAAUUACAUUCAAUUCAUUAAAAGACACAACAGAUUAAGAGUGUAAUUAUAUUUGGGGAGAUUAAUUUGUUAAACUAGUUAUGAAGGUUCAAGUAUAGGUGCAUGUGACAGUAGACCAAAAAAUAAAAAUGAAUCAACUCUAGUGUUAGAGUUUGAAAAAUUCGACAAAAAAAAAAUCACGCAUUACAAAUGCCAAAAGAGCUUAAGUGUAUUUUGAAAAUCAUAAUGAUGAAACUGAAUGUAAAAAGAAUGUAGAUGUUGCAUAUACAAUUAAACUAAAAGUAUAAUAAGACUAUUAGUUGUAUAAGUACCUACUAUUUAAUUGCAAGCUCUAUCUGAGGAUUGUGAUUUAAAUAUGUUGAUC